AUGCCAUCUUGUAGAGGAGAAAAGUGGCAAUGUUGAUGUGGAAUUUAUUUUAAAAUCCCACUAUAAAUAAAGUUAGCAAAAAAAUUAAACAAUUUUGGAAAAAUUCGUUUUUUUCUAUUUCUCUCCGGAAUUUUCUACGAGGCAUUUUGUUGAUUACCGAAAUACGCAACUUUGCUCCCAUUUAUGCGACUUCGUAACUCUUAGAGUACUUAGAUUUUGCGUGCCAUCCAAACAAGUAACACCAGCAACCUCAAAGUGCAAGGGAUCCCCCACACCGACGCGGUAAGGCGAUAGCGAUAAUCGCACGGCUGUCCAUGCGGUGUUCAGUUUUCAGAGCGGUGGGGUCUGGGGUGGCCCGCUGUUUAUCGCCGGAAACGCUGCUGACGCGGAUCGUAUCGCAUAUCGCCACGUUUUUCACGGUGUCCACAACGGAGAAAUUAAUUGAACAAGUUAAGAAGUACCCGAUAUUGUACGAUUUAAGUCACGAAGACUAUAAAACUUGCAGGAAAAACGACAAAGUGUGGGAUGACAUUAAACUUACACUUUCAUCAAAAGAAUCGGGAGUCAUUCGAAAGUAUAGAAAGUCGUGAUCACGUCAGCUUUGAAUUACUGAUAACAAAAAGUAACGAUAUCAGGUAUUCAAAAAUAAUGAUAUCGGCCUUCACUUCUCUCUGAAUUUGAAAAUGUUUGGGAUUUUGAAGUAUAGAGGGUAUAGUCGAUCUCAUCGGUCGAUCUACUUGACUGCUCUUUCAACUUUCAAUGAGAAGCCGGCAACAUUGCAGGAAAGUGAUUGAUCUGCGCAGAAUCCAACGAAGGUUCAAGGUGAAAUUAGUUGAGCAGUGGUUUGUUCCUUGCUUCCUGCUUAUGUUUUGUGUCUUCUUCUUUCAUCGUUCUGCCCUCAUCGUGUUGCCGCGUUUGCAGGCCAGCACCAUUUUAGAUUUUAGUUUCCCGGUAAAAAGUAAGUAUGAUUUAUAUUUUGAUCUAAAAUUCCACAAAAUUUUGGAAGAGAAGAUUGUGAAAUAUGUUAUCUUGUUUUCUUUAAUUUGCGCUGACAAGGACUGGUAAAUUUGACGUUUAGGUUGUUUUUUGUUGUGCACGUGUAAAACGUAGUUUCCAAAUUUUCAACUUCUUGACACUUUUAGGUACUGCAACUUGCAGUUUUUGCUACCAUAAUACCAAUUAACUGAGAAACAUCCGCAAAUAUCUUUCAAUCUCCAGUAUUAUUGAUAGUAUUCACGUUUAUUAGUUGUAGUAAAAUGGCAACUACUGAGCAAGACCAUGCUGGCGAUUGCCCCGAAGAUGUAGAGUCUUGUGAAGAUGAAGAAAAGCAGAACGGUGGGAUUUUAGACACUAGGGACGAUCAUGACGACUUCAACGCUCAAAACGCUGAGUGGUUAGCCCUUCUACCGCCAGCUGUCAAGCGGCGGAUCAAGGCCCUGAAAAGAAUUCAGCUAGAAUGCACAAAGAUUGAAGCUGAGUUUUACAAGGAAGUUCAUGCCCUCGAGUGUAAAUAUUUCAAGAAGUAUAUUCCACUGUAUGAAAAACGAGACAACAUUGUCAAUGGCAUUUAUGAACCAACUGACGAGGAAGCUCAAUGGCCUUCUGAUGAUGAAGAUGAGUUGCCUGAAGCCAUCAAAGAGAAGAUAAAACUUGAAAUGGAUGGAGAUAAAAAAUCAACCGGUACUGAAGAUAUGAAAGGUGUUCCAGAAUUCUGGCUACGGGCUAUUAGGAAUAUUUCCAUUCUGGGUGAAAUGGUACAGCCUCAUGAUGUACCCAUCCUCAAGCAUUUAACUGAUAUCAAAACUACUUGCAGGGAGGAUCCUAUGGGUUUCACUUUAGAAUUCCACUUUUCUCCCAAUGAGUAUUUUACCAACACAGUACUCACAAAAGAUUACGAAAUGAAGUGUGCUCCUGAAGAGGAUGAACCAUUUGCUUUUGAGGGUCCUGAAAUCUACAAGUGUACUGGUUGCACUAUCAACUGGAAUAAGGGUAAGAACGUCACCUUGAAAACCAUCAAGAAGAAACAGAAACAUAAGAGCCGCGGCACCGUUCGUACAGUCACCAAGACUAUCCAGAACGAUUCAUUCUUCAACUUUUUCAACCCACCCACCAUUCCAGGAGUCAACACUGCAAAAGACGAAGAUGCUGAUGGAGAUAUUGAUGAAGAUCUGAGUAAUCUGAUCACUUCAGAUUUUGAGAUUGGUCAUUACAUCCGAGAACGUAUUGUGCCAAGAGCCGUGUGGUAUUUCACUGGCGAAUGUAUUGAUGAUGACGAUCUCGAGGAAGAGGAGGAAGAAGAGGAGGAUGAUGAUUCAGAUGGAAAGGAAGGUGACAAAGAUAAGAAUUGCAAACAGCAAUAAUACUUUUGUAAUAAAUGUAAUCGUACGCUUGGUUCAAUCUCUUCCUGUUUUACUCAUUAACUUAUAUUUUUGGUAUACAUUUUGAAAUAUCACUUGUAAUACAUAUUUUCUACACGUAAGAGGGAAAUAUACCAUGGAAUCUCCUCAACAGUUGAUUUUUAUAUUGAACAUUGUUGGUUUUGCCUCGAUAUAAACCUGCCAUACCGUUAAGUGAGGUUAAUGCUUAAAAUGUUUUAUAAGUACUGAAAAUGAAUAAAAUUUCUGUAGUUGAUACUGUUUUAAUGUACUGCAUUUUUCAUGAGAAUGUCUUUUACUUCAAUUUUUAUGUUUCAUCAAUAAAUAUAUUUCAUAUCA